AAUUUAUACAUGAAAAACAAGAUUAAUACACGGUUAGCUCACAAAUGGUACGCACAGAUUAGGCUUAGUUCACAAUCACUUUGGUCACACUUGUUUAGAGCCGAAUGUUGAAAACUGUUGUGAGUUCAGCCCUUACCCCCACCUACCCGUUCCCUUAUUCAUUCUUCCUCUCCAUGAAACUUCCUAGAAACUGGAAUCUGGAAAAUCCAUACACUCAUUCGCCAGUUUUAAGAGGAAAAGAAAUGGAAGGUUUUUCAUUACUACACUUCUUAAAUGUUUCUUAUUCUUUGACUCUACACAACCAUGAAUGCCUCAAUAUUAUGCAAACGCCACUGGUAGGACAAAUAUCAGAUCAAAUCAACAAAGAUGCUGUAAAGGUGCAUGGAGAUAACUGGAAAGAAAUAGCCCAAGAUAGGCAGAGAUGGAGAAGGCUGAUCAAGGCAGCAAAUGAUUAACAAGAUUUUUAAAGCCUUAGUUGGAAGGUUUUUUUUUUUUUUUGGUUUUUUUAUUAUUUUGUUUAAUAAUCAGAAAAAUAGACCGAAGUUGUAGUCAGU